CAAGCACACAGAGAGAGAGAGAGAGAGAGAGAGAGGUAGUGAAAUCAAUGCCAAGUUGCCACAAAGCAUUUUUCUCUCUCUAGGGCUCGAUUCGAUCUUUAUUCAUUACUGUAGUAUACAAUAGUAAAAUAUACAAAGACAUAACGCUUUCUCUCUCUACAAGCACCACCGGCCGUGAUAGCCGUCGUUGAAUCAAUCGAGAGAUUGCGAACCGCCGUGUUCGCAGAUCGAUCGAUCCGGUUUCGUUCGGCUCGAAUUUCUGCUUUUUGUUUUUGAAGGAUUAAUUGUUAGGGAUCGGAGAUGUUUUUGGUCGAUUGGUUCUACGGAGUCCUUGCGUCGCUGGGUCUGUGGCAGAAGGAGGCUAAGAUCUUGUUCUUGGGGCUCGACAAUGCCGGCAAAACGACGUUGCUUCAUAUGUUGAAAGACGAGAGAUUAGUUCAGCACCAGCCGACACAGUACCCAACAUCAGAGGAGCUGAGCAUUGGGAAAAUCAAGUUUAAGGCUUUUGAUUUGGGUGGUCAUCAGAUUGCCCGCAGAGUUUGGAAAGAUUACUAUGCCAAGGUGGAUGCUGUUGUCUACUUGGUUGACGCUUACGAUAAGGAGAGAUUUGCCGAGUCAAAAAAGGAACUAGACGCGCUCCUCUCUGACGAAUCCUUGGCCACUGUUCCCUUCCUAAUUCUGGGCAACAAGAUCGAUAUCCCUUAUGCCGCUUCGGAAGACGAGUUGCGUUACCACAUGGGUCUGACCGGAGUCACCACUGGGAAGGGGAAAGUAAACCUGGCAGACUCCGGUGUGCGUCCGCUUGAAGUGUUCAUGUGCAGCAUCGUUCGCAAAAUGGGCUACGGGGAUGGCUUCAAGUGGGUUUCUCAGUACAUCAAGUGAAAAAGGAGGCAGGUUGGGGGGAUAUAUGAGACUCGCUUUCAGAGUUUUUACGUGUUAUUUACGUACUCACUUGAAUUGGAUCUGUGUUGUCUGUUUGAAAUGUCAAUGUUUGUUGGAUAUAUUUCCGUUACAGUUUUUUAGGUAAAUGACAUAUGUGACAUGCCCCUUCUAGUAUUUUUUGUGAUGUGGUGCCAAAUGAUUUAUUGUGCCAUUGAAGGAGAGUCAACUCCAGUGUUUUCCUCUACAGUAGGCUGUAUUUCUGUUGGAACAUUUUUAUUUUUUUUGGUUGGGUUAGCAUUUCUUAAUGAAUAAUAGCUACGUCAAUUUCUUGUUUGAGUA